UCGCCCGCCCGGGUGACCUCCUGGACCAGCCCCGGCGGAGUCCGAAACUGCCCCGCUGAGGUGACGAGGAACAAUUCUGCCACAGGGAUGACUUCCAGGACCUGAAUUGUUGACCUCAUCCCAACCUUAGAACCUCAACUGUUAUUCAAAUUUUUGCACCAUUCCAGGCUUGUUGACUUUGUAUGGAAAUAGAAUUGAACCUUAGGGGUCUGAUGGAAAUUCACUGUGACAUUCAAAUCAAGAUAACUUGCUGAAACCCACAGAGCCUUUCUCCAUGGGCCCUGAUGGUAGCCUCCAGAAGGUGCAGCCUCAGGUGGUCCUCCUCCUUCUUCGGCAAGAAUAAACUUUGGGUCUUGGAUUGCAACACCACCCCUGGAGAAAAUGGUAUGCGAGGGCAAGCGAUCAGCUUCUUGCCCUUGUUUCUUCCUCCUGACGGCCAAGUUCUACUGGAUCCUCACAAUGAUGCAAAGAACUCACAGCCAGGAGUAUGCCCAUUCCAUAAGAAUGGAUGGGGACAUCAUUUUGGGGGGUCUCUUCCCUGUGCAUGCAAAGGGAGAGAGAGGGGUGCCUUGUGGGGACCUGAAGAAGGAAAAGGGUAUCCACAGACUGGAGGCCAUGCUUUAUGCCAUCGACCAGAUUAAUAAGGACCCUGAUCUCCUCACUAACAUCACUCUGGGUGUCCGGAUCCUCGACACUUGCUCCAGGGACACCUAUGCUUUGGAGCAGUCGCUGACGUUCGUGCAGGCUCUGAUAGAGAAAGACGCUUCUGACGUGAAGUGUGCAAACGGGGACCCGCCCAUUUUCACCAAACCGGACAAGAUUUCUGGCGUCAUAGGUGCUGCAGCAAGCUCUGUGUCCAUCAUGGUUGCUAACAUUUUAAGACUUUUUAAGAUACCUCAAAUCAGCUAUGCAUCCACAGCCCCAGAGCUAAGUGAUAACACCAGGUAUGACUUCUUUUCUCGGGUGGUCCCACCUGAUUCGUACCAAGCGCAAGCCAUGGUGGACAUCGUGACGGAGCUGGGGUGGAAUUAUGUGUCGACACUGGCUUCUGAGGGCAACUAUGGAGAGAGUGGCGUUGAGGCCUUCACUCAGAUCUCGAGGGAGAUUGGUUCCUUCUUCAUCCCAAGCAUUGUGCUAUGUGUCAUAGAGGAGGUGGUGGAUGAAAUAAACACUCUCUGCUCCCAUAGAGCCAAUGGAGGUGGUGUUUGCAUUGCUCAAUCACAAAAAAUACCACGUGAACCAAGACCUGGAGAAUUCGAAAAAAUUAUCAAACGCCUGCUGGAGACACCUAAUGCUAGGGCGGUGAUUAUGUUUGCCAAUGAAGAUGACAUCAGGAGGAUAUUGGAAGCAGCAAAAAAAUUAAACCAAAGUGGUCAUUUUCUCUGGAUCGGCUCAGAUAGUUGGGGAUCCAAAAUAGCACCCGUUUAUCAACAGGAAGAGAUUGCAGAAGGCGCUGUGACAAUUUUGCCCAAAAGAGCAUCAAUUGAUGGGUUUGAUCGAUACUUCAGGAGCCGAACUCUUGCCAACAAUCGAAGAAAUGUGUGGUUUGCGGAAUUUUGGGAGGAGAAUUUUGGAUGCAAGUUAGGAUCACAUGGAAAAAGGAACAGUCAUAUAAAGAAGUGCACAGGGCUCGAGCGAAUUGCACGGGAUUCAUCUUAUGAACAGGAAGGGAAGGUCCAGUUUGUAAUUGAUGCAGUGUAUUCCAUGGCUUAUGCCCUGCACAACAUGCACAAGGACCUCUGCCCUGGCUAUAUCGGCCUUUGCCCACGAAUGACCACCAUUGAUGGCAAAGAGCUACUUGGCUAUAUUCGGGCUGUAAAUUUUAAUGGCAGUGCUGGGACACCCGUCACUUUUAAUGAAAACGGAGAUGCUCCUGGACGCUACGAUAUCUUCCAGUAUCAAAUAACCAACAAAAGUACCGAAUACAAAGUCAUCGGGCACUGGACAAAUCAGCUUCAUCUCAAAGUGGAAGACAUGCAGUGGGCUAAUAGAGACCACACUCACCCUGCAUCUGUCUGCAGCCUGCCUUGCAAACCUGGGGAGAGGAAGAAAACAGUGAAAGGAGUUCCUUGCUGCUGGCACUGUGAGCGCUGUGAAGGCUACAACUAUCAAGUCGACGAGCUCUCCUGUGAACUUUGCCCCUUGGAUCAGAGACCAAACAUCAACCGCACAGGCUGCCAACUUAUCCCCAUCAUCAAGCUGGAGUGGCAUUCUCCCUGGGCUGUGGUGCCUGUGUUCAUCGCAAUACUGGGAAUUGUUGCCACCACCUUUGUGAUCGUGACCUUUGUCCGCUAUAAUGACACGCCUAUUGUGAGGGCCUCAGGACGGGAGCUUAGUUAUGUGCUGCUCACGGGGAUUUUUCUCUGUUAUUCAAUCACCUUUUUAAUGAUCGCAGCACCAGAUACAAUCAUCUGCUCCUUCCGUCGGAUCUUCCUAGGACUUGGCAUGUGUUUCAGCUAUGCAGCCCUCCUGACCAAAACAAACCGGAUCCACCGAAUAUUUGAGCAAGGGAAGAAAUCUGUCACAGCACCCAAGUUUAUCAGUCCAGCAUCCCAGCUGGUGAUAACCUUCAGUCUCAUCUCCGUCCAGCUCCUGGGAGUUUGUGUCUGGUUUGUUGUGGAUCCUCCCCAUAUCAUCAUUGACUAUGGCGAACAGCGGACUCUGGAUCCAGAGAACGCCAGGGGAGUGCUCAAGUGUGACAUUUCUGAUCUCUCGCUCAUUUGUUCACUGGGGUACAGUAUCCUCUUGAUGGUCACUUGUACUGUUUAUGCCAUUAAAACGAGAGGUGUUCCAGAGACUUUCAACGAAGCUAAACCUAUUGGAUUUACCAUGUACACCACCUGCAUCAUUUGGUUAGCUUUCAUUCCCAUCUUUUUUGGUACAGCCCAGUCAGCAGAAAAGAUGUACAUCCAGACAACAACACUUACUGUCUCCAUGAGUUUAAGCGCUUCGGUGUCUCUGGGCAUGCUCUAUAUGCCCAAGGUUUAUAUUAUAAUUUUUCAUCCAGAGCAGAAUGUUCAAAAACGCAAGAGGAGCUUCAAGGCUGUGGUGACAGCUGCCACCAUGCAAAGCAAACUGAUCCAAAAAGGCAACGACAGACCAAAUGGCGAGGUGAAAAGUGAACUCUGUGAGAGUCUUGAAACCAAUACUUCUUCUACCAAGACAACAUAUAUCAGCUACAGCAAUCAUUCAAUCUGAAACAGGGAAAUCGUACACUAUGAAAAUCUCGAACAAUGAACAUGACACCACCAAAACUCACUCCUGGAGAUCUCUGUAGACUACAAUCAAUCAAAUCAAUAGUCAGUCUUGUAAGGAACACAAAAUAACCACGAGCCAAAUGUAUCAAUAACAGAGAGUGAAGAAAACCGUUUUAUACAAUACAAUCAAUGAGUGUCGAGCUAAAGUAUUGCUUACUCAUAAGCAAUUACAAAAAAAUCACAAAAGGAAAACUAAUGUUAGCUUGUGAAAAAAAAUGCUGUUGAAAUAAACCAUGUCUGAUGUUAUUCUUGUAAGUAUUUUUCUGUGAUUGUGAGAACUCCCGUUCCUGUCCCACAUUGUUCAACUUGUAUAAGACAAUGAGUCUGUUUCUUGUAAUGGCUGACCGGAUUGAAGCCCUGGGUUGUGCUAAAAAAUAAAUGCAAUGGUUGACGCAUGCAAUUUUUUUAUACAAAUAAUUUAUUUCUAAUAAUAAAGGAAUGUUUUGCAAAUGUU